CACAAGGAGCUCGAAGAUGACCGCGACCCGGCACAAGCUACACUCUCCCGUCAGGCCAGCGGAGUGCUUCAAAGCUCACACGAGGACUACAUUGGAGGCGAUGGAGGAUCCGACAUACAUGUUACAGAUAUAGCUGACCCUGGAGUCGGUGCCAACGAGCCCGUGGGGAUGUUUAUUUUCGAGGAGAAAGACGAACGUGCGCUUGUACAGGAUUUGAUUGUGAAUGUCGAUCCCAGUGAGCUGCUCGACAGUCGCCCGCACGGCAUCAUUGCGUACAUUCUGUUCAUGUGUUUGCGAUGGGCAGAUCACAUGAACAAUCCUCGCCAACUGCAGUCGCUGCUCACCAACUCAAUCAGCUCCAUCAAGCAUGUGGCCACGAAAAAUCACAACAGGGUCGACCUCGUCAGUUUCUGGAUAUGCA